UCUUAAUCCUCCAACUCGCUCAACGCUCGCAAAAAAGCCUUCAUCUUUGAUAAUAUAAUUGCUCUUGGUUUCUUGAAAUUAACUAUAUUUUAGUUCAAUAAUUUGCUCUCUGUUCUUGGUUUUGUUAUAUUGUUCAUAUUAUAUAGCUGUAUUUUGUGUUGUGGGUAUUAACAAAUGGAUGCAGGAUCGAACUACAAGUCUAACUCAAGAGGGCCUCUGCAAGAACACUUCAUUCAGAGAAAGACUUCUAGCGAGAAUUUGGACAGGUUCAUUCCAAACAGAUCAGCAAUGGAUAUGGGCUAUGCGCAAUCUAUGCUAACUGAAAGCAGGAAAGGUAAGGAAAACCCUGCUCUCAGUUCUCCAUCCAGGGAGGCCUAUCAGAGGAAAUUGGCAGAGGCUUUGAACAUGAACCGCACUCGGAUUCUUGCUUUCAAGAACAAGCCUCCAGCUCCGGUGGAUCUUUACCCCAAAGAUUUCUUCUCUUCUCAAACCCAGGAUAAACCAAUAAAGCCCAGGAGACACAUUCCUCAAACCUCUGAGAGGACAUUGGACGCUCCUGACCUUGUCGAUGAUUACUACCUCAAUUUAUUGGAUUGGGGAAGUGCCAAUGUACUCGCAAUUGCUCUUGCAAACACAGUCUACUUGUGGGAUGCGAGCACUGGCUCUACUUCGGAAUUGGAGACUUUUGAUGAUGAAACUGGACCUGUAACCAGUGUCAGUUGGGCUCCUGAUGGACGCCAUAUUGCCAUUGGACUUAACAACUCCGAAGUACAGCUUUGGGACUCAACUGCUAAUAAGCAGUUGAGGACGUUGAGAGGUUGCCACAGUUCGCGAGUAGGCUCAUUGGCCUGGAACAACAAUAUUCUUACUACUGGAGGAAUGGACGGCUGCAUUGUCAACAAUGAUGUGAGAGUUAGAUCCCACAUUGUUGAGACAUACAGAGGGCAUGAGCAAGAGGUUUGUGGGCUUAAAUGGUCAGCCUCAGGGCAGCAAUUGGCAAGUGGGGGAAAUGACAACCUAUUGCAUAUAUGGGACAGAUCAGUUGCAUCUUCACAAUCAUCGACACAGUGGCUUCACAGGCUUGAAGACCACACAGCUGCUGUCAAAGCCCUUGCUUGGUGUCCAUUCCAGAGCAACUUGCUUGCUUCUGGUGGAGGUGGAGGUGAUCGGUGCAUAAAGUUCUGGAAUACUCACACAGGUGCAUGCUUGAACUCAGUAGACACUGGGUCUCAGGUUUGCUCUCUGCUUUGGAACAAGAAUGAAAGGGAGUUGCUUAGCUCACACGGGUUUACACAGAACCAGCUGACUCUAUGGAAGUACCCAUCCAUGGUUAAAAUGGCAGAACUUACUGGUCACACUUCCAGGGUUCUCUAUAUGGCUCAGAGUCCUGAUGGUUGCACAGUGGCAUCCGCGGCUGGUGAUGAAACUCUGAGAUUCUGGAAUGUCUUUGGUGUUCCUGAGGUGGCUAAACCAGCUCCUAAAGCUUCUGAACCUUUUGCUCAUAUGAACCGCAUCAGAUGAUCCAGACUUAGUAUAUAUAUUUUUAAACUUACAGUACAACCAUCCAAGACGCCAAGACGGUCUUAGUCCCCCAUAGCUUACAUAUUA